GUGCAGACGAUGUAGUGGUCGACAGCAGGUUAACAAAAAUACUAGGGAGUUGUUUUAGACAAAUAUCAACCAUUAUCAAUGUUAUUUUCGUGUCUUGUCCUAAUUUUGAUCCUUGAUACGUCCUCCAUCUUCGACAGUGGAUUAACUUCAUAUAGCUCUUCGCCCGCCUUGCUUGCUCACUUUGUGACUCGAUGAUUAUCUUAGAAACAAGAGCCUCCACGUGCAAACUUAUAAUGGAGUCUGGUUACCACCAAGCACCCAUGCAAGCACCAGACUGGACGUAAAAUAAGGAAAGCGCCACCAGUAGUCCAACCGGAGAAAUUCCAUCAAGGACACACAAAAUGGCGGCCUCCACAGCACUGAGAGCUGGCGUACCUCCAUCAAAUCCUGCUGCAGAAGACGAAGAGAUUGUUCACAGACCCAAGAGCAAAACUGCAAAGAAUUCUAAAGCAUCUAUUGUAAGCUUCAGUGCAGUUGAAAGUUCAAGUGGAGGUGGCGAUGUCAGAAAAUCGGGGAGAGUAAUUUCAAAAAGUAAAAGAGCAGACAGUGUCAUGAAGAAUCCCAUGCUAGUAGAGCGAAGCAAUCUGCUCAACGUGGCCAAACUCUGCAUCAAGAACCUCAUCGAGUCGGCAUUGGCUGAUGCCAGAACCUUAGAUGAUGAGCACUUUCCUCUGCAGCAGUUCUUCGUCGUCAUGGAGCACAUUCUCAGCCAUGGAUUAAAAUCUAAAAAGACCUUCCUUGACAAGAAGAAGUCGUUUUGGGGUGCUCUGGAAAGCCUAGAAAAGACCAUGUCAGAAGCGGAAGAAAUUACCGACAGUGUCCGAAACUUGCCAGGAAUCAAAACCAGUCUUGGGCGGGGUCGAGCUUGGCUCAGGUUAGCUCUCAUGCAGAAGAAUCUUGCGGAUUACUUCAAGGCUCUUUUAGAAAGAAAAGAUUUAUUAAGUGAGUGGUAUGAGCCUGGUGCUUUGCUACUAGAGGAAGAAGCAGCGGUCAUAGCAGGCUUACUGGUUGGCCUGAAUGUCAUUGACUGUAACCUGUGCCUGAAGGGGGAUGAUUUAGACUCCGCCGCCUCUGUCAUUGACUUCAGUAUGUACUUGAAAGAUGGCAACUAUCUGGAAAAGCCACAAGAAAGCUCCAGUGGUGAGUUGUCAGAAGUCAACUUGACAGCAGUGCUGGAUCAGAAGAACUAUCUGGAGGAGCACAACCGACACCUUGCCUCCCAAGUCAGUGUCCUGCAAGCAAAGAUCAAAACCCUGGAACAGGCGAGCAAUCAAACCAAAGAAGAGCUGGCUGUAGCAAACAACAACAUCCUGUCCAUCCAAGCUGAAAACGAUAGACUAACUGUGGAAAAUAACGCCAUGAAGAAUGAAGUCCAGCGAAAGUUGCAGAUGGUGAGGGCAGACAUGGACGUGGAGAGAGAAACCUACAACACAUCAAGGAUUGGUCUGAAUGAGUUAUACGGUGAGGCUAAGGAUAAACUACAACAGGAGGCUCAAGUCAGACAGGACAUCGAGCAGGAGCUGAAGUUGCAACUGAGCUUGAAGUCAGAGAUGGAGAUGGCCAUGAGGCUACUAGAGAAGGACAUCCACGAGAAACAAGACACUGUCGUCUCACUACGCAAGCAGCUCGAAGACAUCAAGACAAUUAACAUAGACCUCUACAACAGGCUACAGUCAACAGAAGGUUCUCUUCAGCACAAGGCGGAUCUUGUCGGCAAGCUUGAGGAGAAGACAGAGCAGAUGGGAGUGACCAUUACCCAGAUGGAGGAAAGACUGAAGCAAGCUGAAAAAGAGCGGCAGGCUGCCGUGGAAACCUCCAGAAAGUUGGGACAGCAAAUAGCGGAGAGAGACGCCAAGCGUGCUGCGCUGGAGACAGACCUGAAGAUCGAGAGGGAGUGGCGAUCCUCCCUCCAGAAGGAUCUAGGUAAAGAGAAGGAGCUAGUACUCCAGCUGCAGAAGCAGAUGCAAGACGCCAGGAAACUCCAAGAAGAACUUGCCGAAGUGACCAGCAAACAUGAGAGGCUGAGGGAGGAAUGCACAGGGCAGGAGCAGGCGCUGAUUGAGAUGGGGGAUAAACUCAGCGAAUCAAGGUUGAAAAUGGAGGGCAUGCAGGAAGCCGUACAGUCCCUGGACAAGAGGGUGUGGGCCGAUGACAAGGAGAUAACUACCUGCAUGCAGUGUGAGAAAGCAUUCUCUGUCGCGCGGAGAAAGCAUCACUGUCGCAACUGCGGAGGAAUCUUCUGCAGUGCGUGCUCGGAGAACGUCAUGCCCCUGCCAGCAUUUGCCAAACCGGUACGCUGCUGCGACCGGUGUCACGAGCAACUCCUACAACGCUAUUCGGUAUCGUAGUGUGUAACGUCCGAUGGUGGUGCUGCUAAGUGUUGUGUGUUCCAAACAAUUAACUGUAUAGCUGUGUAUUAUAUGUUACAUCUCCCCAUAUCAUGAAAUGGUACGUAUUGUAUUACAUUGUAUUUAUUACAUUGUAUUUAUUCCUUGAAGAAUCCAUAAAACCAUAGAGUGCUCAGGCGGU